CCCGGAGCCCCUCCGCGCAGCAGAUUAUCGGACCGAACCACUGCCGCAGUUCGGGCUUUUAGCACCUGUCACAUGACGCCUCGCGCUUCAAAACGCGCCGAUUGCCACGGCCGCAAGAACGUGCCCCGCUCCGCGCCGUGGACACGCACACGCACGUCGUGGGCUUCCGCCUCGCAGACGCAGCUCUCCGUGAGCUGAGCUGCCAAACCGCACCGACACCCCUAUUGUGCAACCGGCAGCAGCAUCACCCUCCGCCCGCAAUGGCGUUGUAGCGGCUCCGGAGUGGCCCUUCCUCCCGGGACUAUUUACAAGCGACAGACAGAAAUGUGUUUUUCGAAAUGUUUUUGCAGAGACAGUGUUAACGUUUCCCCUCAGUUUCCCCCCCUCUGGAUUACAGUUAUUUGUGCCACGCGAGCUGGAGCCAUGAAUGUGUGACUGCGCUUGAAGGAUUGGAGUAGGUCAACUAGACUUGCCACUUCCACAAUAUAAUGAGGGCAAAGCAAUGCUGACAUCCCCUUUAUAUCCAAAGAUAUCAUCAUGCUAAAGACGGAGCCCUCGGGGGAAAGGACCAGCCUCCGGAGUGCCUCCCCCCACCGAAAUGCCUACCGGGCUGAAUUUCAGGCAUUGAAGAAGGCUUUUGACCAGCCUCGGAUUGAUGGAGACUCGAAGCCUAAAGACCUAGAGCGAGUGAAACAACCCAGGGGCCGCCAGUAUGGCGCACAUGUCAGUCGCAUUAAGGACAUGUUCAUGCAAAUGGGCUCCGAAAAUGUGGUUGCUAAGGCCAGGGGCCGUGAUGACUCCUCGCCACAGAAGCUGGUAAAACCUACCAACUUCAUCAAUAAGGCGGACGGAUCGGUGAUAAAGCUGCAGCAUUCCGCAUCAGCUGACAGGAUCGGAGGUGCUGGAGCCAAGUUCUCAGAAACCAGGAAGCUUUUUGAACAACAGUCUCGUGAUCAGUCCCAGUCACCAGUCUUUCCCUACGGACGGGACAAAAGGGGCUCUCACGAGCACCUCGAUGACUGGCGAGGAGCGAGGUCCAACCGUGGCAGCACAGACUCCUUGGACUCUCUGUGCUCCAGAACAGAGGCGUCCUCUCCAACUGUGAGCCAGCUCAGUGCUGUUUUUGAACAUGCUGACCACAACAGCCAGGGUGUUCCCCACAGAGGGCUCAGCAGAAGGGCCCUGUACUCACCAGAUGGAUCCCUCCGCCAUGGAGGUGAACUCAGCGAGGACGAGUCGAGGCAGUCUCCAGUGCGUGGGUCCUGCCGGAACAGGAUUGGGGGCAAGUUUCCAGCAUCCUCAUCUUCUGAGGACAUCCUUAGCCCCGGUUCAGGUGCAGAAACCUCAGAAUCUAAAAUUGAGUCUCUGCAAAAUAACGAGGCUCAAGAAGAGGCUAGGGAGAGUGUGAGGGUGGGCAGACAGCGUCUGGCAGGGGUCACCACCAAUGGAAGUCAGGUCAAUGGCUCUUGUGAAGAAGACGAGAAAACCUCAGAUUCAGUAAAACAUACUCAUGAUCAGGAUGUCUCCGAAGCCUCAAAACCUACACAUGGUGCUGAUAUUAGCAACAAGGCUUUUGAAAACACAACUCCUGAAUUGCCGCCCACCAUAACUCCACCAGCUAAGGAUAGCCAAGUGGAUGGUAAUGCUUUAAAGGAGGACAUAACCUCUGAGGCCCCCAAGGGCCUCAUUGAAAAAUCUGAAGAGGAAUAUGUUGGAAACGAGCGGGUGAUUUUUAAUGCCGAUGGAGAUGCCUGCUACCAGGGCUGGGGAGAAAGCUGCACAGAUCCUGAGGAUGACCUCUACGGUGACGAUGACGAGGAUAUUGUGUACGACCCCGGCUCUGAUCUGACAGAGAUCCCGGGUCUACCUGAAGAGAACAAAGAGGACAUCCCCCAAAAGAGGAAGAUUUGCUUCAGCACUGCUCCCAUUAUAGUAUUCAACACCUACUCCAACGAAGAUUACGACCGCCGUAAUGAGGAGGUGGACCCUGUGGCCUCCUCUGCUGAGUAUGAGCUGGAGAAGAGGGUGGAGAAACUGGAGCUCUUCCCUGUGGAACUGGAGAAAGACGAUGAUGGCCUGGGGAUCAGCAUCAUUGGGAUGGGUGUUGGUGCAGAUGCUGGGUUGGAGAAACUUGGCAUCUUUGUUAAGACUGUCAUUGAGGGUGGAGCUGCAGAGAGAGAUGGCAGAAUCAAGGUGAAUGACCAGAUUGUGGAGGUGGAUGGAACCAGUCUGGUGGGUGUCACUCAGAGCUUUGCUGCUUCCGUCCUCAGGAACACAUCAGGAGUGGUUCGGUUUGUGAUUGGCCGAGAGCGUCCGGGUCAGCAGAGUGAGGUGGCCACCCUCAUCCAGCAGACCCUGGAGCAGGAGAGGCGACAGAGAGAACUACUGGAGCAGCAGUACGCCCAGUACGAUGCUGAUGAUGACGAGCAGACAGGAGAGUAUGCUACAGAUGACGAGGAGACAGGAACAGCAGGCCCAGAGGGCGAGAAGAGCAUUGAGGUCUUUGACUUGCCAGAAACCGAGGACAUUUUGUCUCCAUCAGAGUUAGAUGCAAAUAAACUCUACCAGAAGUUCAGAGAGCUCCAGAUCAAACACACAGUGACCGAGGCCGAGAUCCAGAAGCUUAAAAACAAGCUGGCAUCAGUGGAGAAGGAAAAGCAGCGCUGGGAGAAGGAGAAAAGCCAGCUGAAGGCCAGCAUCGAAGAAAACAAAGAGAGGAUGCUGAAGCUGGAAAGUUAUUGGAUUGAGGCUCAAACCCUCUGCCACACCGUCAAUGAACAUCUGAAGGAGGCCCAGGCCCAAUACCAGGCUUUAGAGAAGAAGUACAACAAAGCCAAGAAACUCAUCAAAGACUUCCAACAGAAAGAGGUAGAGUUCAUCCAAAAGGAGGAUGCAGAGAGGAGGCGGCUGGAGGAGGCUGAGAGAGCUCACCUGGCUGAAAUCCAAGGACUGCAAGUUAGGAUUGCAGCAUUAGAGUGUGAGCUAAUGCAGCUGAUGAAGCAGAACGGUAUCCAAGUCAACAACAACAACAGCAACAGUUCUGAGAGGCACAGUGGUCAGCAGCACAGCCCCAGCCGAGCCCUAACACACGCCAGAGACCUGAUGGAGGGCUCUCCCCAUUCACCCAGCAAAAAGAAGGACUCCAGAGAAGCUGCCCGGGAUAGCAUCAGUUCAGCAGAGGGGGAGGUCUCAGAAGCUCAUGGAAACCUGGCCCACUGUGGUUCUGGUUUGGUUCGCAGUGAUGGAGGAACAGCUGGCAUUAGGGCCCCUGGUAGUGCAGAGGGAUCUCCCAGAAAAACACUGCAUGGCUCCCAGUCUCCUGCAAUGUCAAGUCCAUCUCACAAUUUAGAGGAGCAAAGACAAACACUGGACUCAAGAUCUUCCUUCAGGAAAACCAAGGUGAAGGACAAAGAUCCCAGAAGCUCACCUGGAAACAGCUCCACAGAGCCAUCAGCAGAUGAUAUUCUAGAGAAAACUAAACCCAAGGCACCAACCCUGAGUGACGAUCGGAGCGCCAGCAGCAGCAGCAGCUCAGUGGAGAUCAGCGGGCUGCUCACUGAAGCCAAGAUGAAGCCGGCACACUCACACACCCGGCUCUUCUCCUCUGAUGAGAUCUUAGACGAGUGGCAGCAUCAGUGGCAGAACCACAGCUUUACAGACUGGACCUCCCAACAAGUGGCACGCUGGCUUAUGACCAUCAAUUUAGAACACCAUGUCCCAGAAUUCACUGCCAAAAACAUCACUGGAGAGCGGCUGCUGCAACUGGAUAGCACUGAGCUAAAGGCCCUUGGAGUUACUUCUUCACACGACCGUAACCUGAUAAAGAAAAAGAUUAAAGACCUCAAAAUUCUGAUGGAGAAGGCCCAGAGGAACAAAGAAAAAAUGGAGAAACAGCUUGAGAAGCUACAGCAGAAAGAGCUGGAGCAGCAGCUGAAGGAUGCGCACGAGGAGAAUCCAGCAGAAUGAAAGGAAGGCUCAGUUUACCUCCCGUUUCACUGUAGCACCACACUAAGUAGCAUCGUGCAAAACAGAACGUCUGCCGGCCCCAUAAACAAACCCUAAUGGACGCCUGCUCUGUAGUUCUCAGUGGCGGAGCUCCAUGCCCAAGUUUCUGAGGUGCAAAAUUAAACCAAAAGGAGCACUCGGAUGAAAGAAUACUGCCCUUCAUUUGCCUCAUUGUACACUCACAUUACGUGUUUAGCCUUUUAAGAAUUUAUUGAGUUAUAUUUAUUUGAUGUUUAUAGCUGUAAAUUUGGUUUAUUUAUUCAUAUCCAGAAGUAGUAUGUGAAAACAGCAUCGCAACCUCCCAUUUUACCUUUAGUGACAGUGCAAUGAUAGAUACAGACACAAAUAUGUCAAACGUGCCAUUGCAAUAGACUUAUGUAAAUGCUCUCCCAGUGUAUUGAUCAACUGGAUCUGUUGCUCUGCAGUGCAUACAGGUAGGGUCUAUGUGGUGGCAUUUCUGAGGCAUCGCUGCUCUCCAGCCACUGGGUGUCCCCACGCUGCUGACUCUGACCACUACAGAAAGCAACACUGGAACUCUGCAACUGAACUGAAAUGGGAAAUAACUUCCACAGGACAGUAAAAUAAUCCUCAUCACAUCACGGUACUAAAAAGAACACUGGAAGUGAAAACACUGUAAAUGUGAACUGUGCACUGGCCUGCAGUGCUCUAACAGUUUAAAGGCUACAUCAACUGUCAAAGUAUGAACAACAACGACAUACUCAAUUCACUGGACUGAUUCUAAUAGUGAUCUUCAGGUACUAUGUAAUCAGUAAUUUGUAUCUUACAAAACCUGUGAAAACAAACAAACAAACAAAAAAAAAGCUAAGAAACGAGGCCUCCUGCUCAUAUGCAUAAUGUUUGAUUCAGCUUGUCAACCUGCUUUUGACCUCUUUUUAUAUUUGGUAACGAAGUAACACCCCGCCGCUGCCUUUAGAUUUCUAUAGUAGUAGAAUGCUUCUGAAGUCUACCUGCUUCUGUGUGAGUGUAAAAACACAUCCAUGCUAAACUAAUGGCCCCACCUCUGUCACUUCGUUCUUUCAGAAGAAUCCCAUGUCAAAGCUCUCCGUGUAGCUUUCUCUGGAAUAUUCCCUGCGAUGCUGAAGAAUGCUGCCAAUGAAUUGUUUCAAAGACAAUGUGUUCAAAGACAGAUGCAGAAAGAUGCUGCAGAUAGUAUUUUAAAAGGUAGUGUGUUAUAUAUCACACUCAUGUCCCACUGGAAAAAGCUCCCCGUGAAUGCAUUUUCUUUCAAUUUAAUUAUGAAAUUGGCUCGGUUUAACUUUUGACUUAGCAUUUUGAGUACGUUUUUAGAAACCCCUUGAAAUGAUUCCAUCCCAUUAAUACCCACAGCUCUUGAUUAGGGGGUAUGAAGCCCAAAGACACAAAUGUUCUGUGUGAUAUUUAUUAUUCUCAAGAAUCUUUCUGUAGAUUUAAAAAAAAUUUAGAGACAACAGACUCAUCAUGGUAAAAGUGAGGGGAACUUUAAUAACGGUCUCCUUUUUGUCUUAAGAAGCCUUUGUGAUGUGCUGCUAACAGGUUAAAGAUAAGAAUAGUUUGGGUUUUAGAUACUUCAAUCACUGAUCAAAGUUAUCUAUUUAUUACUAUAUUUUUGAAGCAACUAGUUAUGGUUUAUUGUAACUUAUUUAAAAAAAAAAAUCAAGAAUUUUAUUAACAACCAGUAAUGAUUUAUCCAGAUUUGUAUAAUUACUUCUUUUUGCCAAAACAUGAUUAAAAGUUCUCAUUAAAAAGACUUUAAAGUUAAGUGGCUGUUAUAUGACAGAUAUAAAAUUUACUGCACAGAGAGAAGAAAAACGCUGAUAUGGUCCGAUUGUGCUCGUGGUUUUCUGAUCAAACCACAGCGCGGCUCCAGUGCGACUCCUAUAAACUGCUCAUUGCGUAUUCUUACGAGAUAUUUUGUAACGGUCCGACCCCUCUGUGAAUAACCCUGCUCCCUUUACAAGGCAGUCAGCAGACUGUACUCUUUUGACUCUUUUGUACGUAUAGUUAAACACUGAGAGCAAUAUGCUUUAAGAAUCCUGAAGAAGCCUUGUUUUAUAUUGUGUCAGCGUGUGUGCGCAGUUUGUCAGAGGGCUGAGAAGAGCUGAGCGGCAAAUGUGAUUCCACAGUCGAGCUUUUCUGUGUGUUAGACUGAGCUUGCCUGGCUCUGCGUAUGGAUGAGACCUUGGUGCUCCCGGCUGGCAAAAACCCCAAAUUUAAUUUGAUGUCUGGAAGCAUCUGUUUUUCCAUGUACAUACAGAGCAAAAGAUAUGUGACACUGACAACUAGCCAUGCUUUCACUCGUAAAAAGCUGUGCUCCCUCUCCUCCUUUUUGAUCAUUGCCUGGCUCUCUUUUUUUGCAUUCUGAAAAGUUUUAAAGGGCAGCUAUCUGUCACACUGAAUAAAAUGUGCGGUCACUGUCCACAGUUGGCUUCUGUUUUUUCCUUUCUCACUUUUUGACUAUCUAAUUCUCACACAGGUAAAAAACUGUCGGAAAGCAGUUGUCUUACCUUUCAGUCAUUUCGGUGUAGGUGUUGUGGUAAAUCUACAGGGUUUUGUUUUUUUACCAUUGCUCCAGUUCUACUCAGAAGGCAGCUAUUUUUUACUAGGUGACCUUCCACUGCUUGACGGACAGCUGAGUAGAACAGCUGGUCUCAAGUUAGCCAGCACAGCCUUUCCUGACCCAAACCUUCCCCUCCCCUUUGCUUUCUAUUUAUAUCAUC